CCGCCUGCCGACAAACACACCCCAUCUAACACACCCCCGACGCACUACCACUGCCACUUUAUACUUUUCCACAGCACAAAAUCAACAUUUUCGAUUUAUCUAGUUCCCGAAUUCGUUAAAUACCUUGUAAGUUUUGCGACAAUUAACAGUUUUCCUAAAGUCACAACUUACAAUACAAACAGUUAAUGAAUUAGGUACUUAGUGUCUAGUGCGUAUUACGUUUUAGAACUUCGAUUUCGCAAAAUAAUUACAAAGUUUCGCGCGCCGCGCGAAGUUUUGAUUGGUGGCUCGCGACAGAGAGAAUUACGAAGCGAACAAUGAACGAGAUCGAUUUGAUCAAGGAGGUGGAAAAGAGGCCGAUACUGUAUGACAAGUCGGUGAGCGGGUUCAACAAAACAAAGCUGCGUGACGACGCCUGGAAAGAAGUGCAGGAGGUGCUUCAUGUUUCAGCAGAGGCCGAAUGUAAGAAGCGCUGGCGUUCUUUGCGGGACUCAUUCAUCAAGCUGCAGCGCACGCACGGCGGGCGCACGCGCUGGCCCUACCACUACGCCAUGAAGUUUCUACUGCCCCACGUUGAGCCCAAAGAAAGUGCGUCCAAGCGCGAAGCCGAGGACUCGGACCCCGAUCUGACGUUGUCAUCGUUCACAGAAUCGAAAUUCGAAGAUGAAGACGAAGAUACUUCCCAGCCAUCUCCCAAAAAAUUCCGUACGAGUUCCACCGACGAAGAGAAUCCGUGCCAACAGUGCAACAGAACGGACCCGGACGAACUGUUCCUCCUCAGCUGCGCCUCUACUUUGAAAAGGUUGAACUCGAAGCAAAACGCCGUCGCUCGCUUAAAAAUCCAACAAGUUUUAUACGAAGCCGAGUUUGGUACCCAGAUGGAACUGCCUUGCGUGACGCCAGCUAGCGACUGCGAUUUCGACAACGUCGAUGGAACAAACGGGGAUGAAUAAACGACAGCUCACGAUCACAUAAUAUUAUAUAUAUUAUAAGGUUAAACGAUCAAUUGUCUCGAGGAAAUCAACUGUGAUUAAAAAUCCUAAAAAGAAAAUAGGUACACCGCCUUGGGAGUCUUGGAUAUGUACAAUAUUGACUAGGUGUUUCAAUCUAGCUUCAUUUCCACGUCCCGAGAAAAAUAAUCGAGACUCGAUGAAAAUGAAAGACUAGGGAAAAACGGGACUUUCGAGACUAUUUUAAGAAGUAGUUUUCCAUUACGCAUUUACGACAUGAUAUUUACUCGUUUAAUAAAAACAUAAAUUAUUUAUGAAAGUUUUUAUUUC